CUGCUUUAAUUGUCAUUUUGCUUUUAAAUUGAACUUCAAGCGUUAGUUUUUAGGCAGUUUUUUUAGUGAUUUUUGUAUCAAAAAUUACCCAUAAAAUGUUUUAUGCCAAUUGUGGUUCAAUGUGAUGUUUAAUGGGAUCUUCUAUUUUUGUUAAUUUGAUGUAAAGUUUUGAUCUUUCUCGCUUUUAUUUUGGUGGGGUUUUGUUGGGUGGAAAAUUAAUUUAUUAGAUGAAAUUGUUCAUAAUUUUCUUAGUGACUAGUGUCUCUUUACAGUGGCUAGAAAUUGGGCAAUGUGUAAAUGACAAUGAAGUAGACGAGAUUCGAUCCGAGGUCUUGGGCUCAACCCGAUAGACAUUAACCCACUAAUCAAGAAGCUAACUUUGAAUCUGUCAAAACAAGUGCUAGAAUCAUUGAUGAUUUUCUAUUGAACUACUGAAAUUGGAAGCCUUUUAUAUUUUCCUUGAUACUUAUACUUAAUAUUAUAGUGUAAUGAAUUUUGUUUAAUAAAUUUGUUAAGGGGUUUCCUAAAUGGGUUUUGGGUGGUAAAUCUAAUAUGUGUGUGUGUGUGUUUUUUUUUUUUUUUUUUUUUUUUUUCGGCAACAUUUUGAUUUGCAUAUUUAAUCAGUAGUUGCAAUAAUCACAGUAACAUUGGAGUUUAUCUUUGUUAUUUGACCAUUUAAUUUUUGAAUCUCAGCCCCAGAUGUCUGGAUUUUGUUACUUGAGCACUUCAAAAACCUCUGCAACAUGCAUUAAUCUGUCUAAGUAUAAUGGCCUGAUACAAAAUCUAAAUCCAUACUCUAGUUUUUUCAUGGUUUUUAGUGAGCGGACAAUGAAUGUGCUCGUGUUUUGUUGAUUCGAAUUUGUUGGUCAUACAAAUUGUAUACAAGUAUAUAAUAUAAUAUGAUUUCUCCUUUGCUUAAUCAUCUGUAGCAAUGUCUUAUUUGAUGUAUGUAACUAGUUGAAGCAGUAAAAACUAGUUGUAGCUUUGUGUUGAUGGUGCAUGGUUUUUAGUAAAAACUAAAAAGUAUGUAACUAGUUGAAGCAGUAAAAACGGAGUAGGAAAAUUUUUUUGAUAGAGAAAUGAUAAUAGAUGUAUUCAUUAUUUUCAUCAUGAUUUUAUUAAGCUGAACGGCAAGCAGACAAUGAGAGUAUCCAUGAUGCCUUUAAUUUUCUUGUUGUAGCUUUGUGUUGAUGGUGCAUGGUUUUCUGUGGUCUGUUUGUAUCUCCUUAAUGUUCUUGUGCUCUAAUAUUUGGUUUUCAGGACAUGGGUUGAGUAGUUGUUGAUAUAAUCCUUGAGGAACUAGUCUGAUAAUCUGUUCUUUAAUUAUGGAAUUUGGUCUUACUACUCUUACAGAUUUCUACACUAAGAAAAUGCUGUUUAAAGAUCAGAUAAUGGUUACAUGAAAGUGGUCAACCGUCUGGUUCAUGUCUGCUUUCAAAGACCGAUCAAUUGAUCAUUGCAGUAUAGCUGUAUAAUAUCUCAUCGCCUUUGGCUUCAUGUGCUAUUUGGUUUGAGGUUGUCACGUUUAAGCACUACCUUUCUGCACAAAGUGAUUGACUCUACUUGUUGGAGCUAAUAAUGAAAGACAUGAAGAAAUGGUAUGUUGGUGUUAUAGUUUCCUCUGUCUUCAUGUUGCUGGUGCUACGAUACACCAUCAUGCAAAACCCUCUAGGGAAAAGUUCCUUGACUGCUUCCCUAACGUUCAAUGCGACUAAUCCAUUUGAAUGGGUUAACACUAAUCCUCUAGAAUGGAUAAGCUCUACUGGUACACCUGAUCUUCAAAGUCCUAAGAUUGCUACCCAAGUAAUUUCUACUGAUACUCUGACAUCCGGACUCUUUGUUUGGAGAAACCUUACAAAGGUGGAGCAACAUUCUUUACUGACUUGGAACCAGCUAAAGCACUUGAUGAAUAAUUCUCAGUCUUUACCAAAUGCACUAGAAGCCACUAGAGAAGCUUCACAUGCGUGGAAUGGCCUUAUGACUGUGAUUGAAGAGGAAAAGCUUCAUGUAAAUGACAGUACUUCUGUAAAAGCAAAGGAGAAACAGUGUCCGCACUAUCUUAAGAAGAUGAGUGGCUUAGAACUUAACAGUAGUGAUUUCAGGCUAGAGGUCCCUUGUGGAUUGACUCAAGGUUCGUCUGUUACAAUUAUUGCUAUUCCAAAUGGCCUUCUUGGCAACUUCCGGAUUGACUUAACUGGGGAACAUAUUCCUGGAGAGCCAGACCCACCUAUUAUACUUCACUAUAAUGUUAGGUUACAUGGAGAUCAGAUAACGGAGGACCCUGUUAUUGUUCAAAACACCUGGACUGCUGCACAUGACUGGGGUGAAGAGGAGCGUUGCCCGAAUUCUGAAACUGACACUAAUAAAAAAGUGGAUGAGCUUGAUCAGUGCAAUGAAAUGGUGGGAAAGGAUGUCAAUCAGACAUUGAAGGCGUUCACCCAUGUAAAUGGUUCUAAAGGGUCUCCACAUAUUCAUGACGGGUUUAAAAGAAGACCAUACUUCCCUUUCAAACAGAGCUAUCCAUUUGUUGCAACACUUAGAGUGGGUUCAGAAGGGAUACAAAUGACAGUUGAUGGGAAGCAUGUAACAUCAUUUGCUUAUCGUGAGACCUUGGAGCCUUGGCUUGUUAGUGAAGUUAGAAUAUCUGGAGAUCUGCAGUUAAUCUCUAUCAUUGCAAGUGGUCUACCUACAUCUGAGGAUAUAGAGCAUGUUCGUGAUCUGGAAACUCUGAAGGCUGUUCCCAUUCCACACCAAAAAGCUUUAGAUCUUUUUAUUGGGGUUUUCUCUACUGCAAACAACUUUAAGCGCCGUAUGGCUGUUCGAAGAACGUGGAUGCAAUUUCCAGAAGUGCGCUCAGGGUCAGUUGCAGUGCGCUUUUUUGUUGGUUUGCAUAAAAACCAAAGAGUGAAUGAAGAACUGUGGAAUGAAGCCCGUACUUACGGAGACGUGCAGUUGAUGCCAUUUGUUGAUUAUUAUAGUCUGAUUACAUGGAAGACUGUGGCCAUCUGUGUUUUUGGGACGGAGGUUGUUUCAGCAAAAUAUGUCAUGAAGACAGAUGACGAUGCUUUUGUUCGUGUUGAUGAAGUAAUAGCUUCCUUGAAUAAGAUAAAUGUGACUCGUGGAUUGCUUUAUGGGCUCAUUAACUCUGACUCACGACCUCACCGGAGUCCUGACAGCAAAUGGUUUAUUAGUACUGAGGAAUGGCCAGAAGAAACUUACCCACCUUGGGCACAUGGUCCUGGUUAUGUUGUGUCACAUGACAUUGCGAAAGCAGUAUCCAAGAGACAUCAAAAUGGGCAACUGAAGAUGUUUAAGUUGGAGGAUGUCGCAAUGGGCAUCUGGAUUGCUGACAUGAAGAAAGAAGGGCUUGAGGUCAGGUAUGAGAAAGAGAUGCGAGUCUAUAAUGAGGGUUGCAAGGACGGUUAUGUCGUUGCACACUAUCAGGGUCCAAGAGACAUGUUAUGUUUAUGGCAAAAACUUCAAGAAACCAAGCGCGCCUUCUGUUGUGGAGAUGGUAUGAGCUGAGAAUUUUUUUGACGGCUGACAGUGACUACCAACUAUUGCUUUUGCAUAGAUGUAGGAUUAGGUAGUAAAUAAUACACAUUUCUAGGACUGCAUAUAUAGGAGGCAUUACCUUAUUCUUUUACCUCUCAUUGUUUGAGAGCGAGUAGCUGAUUUCUAAGGGUUUAGCCAUAUUCCAUUUUGUAUCAUAUCGAUUACUCCGUAUAUGUGAGUGCGAGGGAGAAGUCACAUAUACGGAGUAUUAUCUAAUAUCCUUGUAUAGAAUUAGAAAAGGGCGUAUAAAUUCAGAGAAUUUUGCAA